GGCCUCCUCUGGGGACCUUGGUUAUUGGGGGAGACUUACCUCACAGUUCACCGCUGGUAUAAGGGUUUCAACCCUUGGACCUCUGUCGUUAGGUCCACCAUUGUUUGGGUGCAGCUUCCUGAGCUACCGGUGGAGUUCGUGAACAAAGAAGCGGUUAUGCGGAUAGGGGAGGCUAUUGGUAACCCAAUUAGGGUGGAUAGGGCGACUGAGUUGGGAGCAAGAGCACAAUUCGCGAGGGUUUGUGUGGAAGUGGAUUUGACGAGACCAUUAUUAUCGCAAUACAAAAUUGAGGGCAUCAAGUAUUUAAUUCAAUAUGAGGGGUUAGAGAAUAUAUGUGGGGAAUGUGGUGUGUAUGGGUCGAAGACUGAUCAGUGUGAAUGCCAAAAGGAACCACCGAUUGUGGUUGAGGAGGAAGUAGAGAUGGUCCCGGAAACCCAAAUUACUGACCCUACAAACGGGAAACAAUAUGGGGAAUGGAUGACCGUAAAGAAAAAGGGGAAGAAAACGCAGUCUGGGAGAGUUCCUGUAAGGGAGGAGAUGCCAUCAACUACCCACAAUAAGUUUCACGUUCUGCAUGGGGAGGAAGAGGAGAGACGGAAUCCCAUGCAAAUGAAAGGAAAGCAGGGAAGGAAGGAAAAUGAAACGACAAAAAAGGAUGCGAGUGCAAAGAAGGGGACCAAUAUUGAUAACAAAAAUGGGGAGCUAGAGGACAAAGGGCGGCAGGAGGAGGCCGCAAAACAAAAGGCGGUGGCAGAUCAGUCUAUUAGGAGGGAUGAGACGAGGACAAAGACUCAGGAGGCAUCAAAAAAGGCUGAAAAGAAGGGUGGUGAGGGUAAGCAAGCAAAUGCAGGGUCUCGAUUGAAACCGUCACAAGCUAAUGGGGAGCAAAAUCAGGAAGGGAAGUUUGGUAGUAUGACGGUAACAAAGAGCCCAAACCCUCCACAGCACAAUUCUAAACGAGUUGACGACAAUGGUCAUAAGAACAAGGGCGCGGGGAGCCUAUCCCCUUCGGGAUAUAAAUGA